CGGAAGCGCGCCAAAAUAAUAAAGACGAAGAAGAGCUUUAUGAAGCAAACGCCUAACAACAAACAUGGAUCCAGAAGUUAACUGUGAGCCUCCGGAAGAUGUUGAUAAUACAGACACAAACGUAGACUUUUCACAAGUUAAAACAGUUGCUACAGGGUGGAUGUUGGACUUUUUGUUUGUAAGUCUAUGUCGCAGUUUUAAGGAAAAUAAUCUUGAUGAGUUCAAGGACACCAUUUCUGCUAUCGAGGCAAUUUCUCAGAGUCCAGCUCUUAAAGGAAAUCUUCACAAUGAAAAAGUAAUGAUUUGUGGUUUCCUCGCCAGAGUUAUGCAUGGAAAGCAGUUGGAUGUCAGGUUUGACGAUGACAACAAGGUGAUGCCUCUGAUGUCUGCUGCAAAGCUAUGGACUACACUUAAAGACACUGUUGCAGAUGAAGCUUUAUUUAAAAACAUCACCGUUCUUUUACUUGUUCAGUCUGUCGCUGUGUGCUUGGAAAAAGGCCAAAAAUCAUCUGCCUCCUCUGUCCUCAAGUGGUUUGAGGCACACCAUGAAUUCCCACAGCAGAACCUGAAAACUAAACUUUCAACAGUCUUGAGCAAGAGUGACAGUUACCACCCGUUCAUAAUGAGCUUCAGCUUCAGCCGCCUGCUAGAGACAGUCCAGUCCUACUUGGAUGCUUAUCUGGAAAAGAAUCCCUCAGACUACCUUCUCAAGGCAGCCGCGAAGAACGUCCGGUCAUCAAAGAAUCCGGAGCCUUUAAAGGACAGUGAAGGGCCACUAAGUGCAGAUGAACCACCGGCAAAAGACAAACAGAAAAGUAAGAAUGGGUCAUGCAUGAGGACUAAACGAAAACUACUCUCAACUAGAAGUCCUGAAGUGUGGAUGCCAGAGUCAUGCAAGAAGGUUAAAGUUUGCCUCACAAAAAUCCCCAAGAGUGAGUUAUGUGAGAUGACAUCUGAGACAGUAACAGAUAGCUCGAACAACAGAAGAGCAAGGAAGAAAUGGACAGCCCAGUUGGACAAAUACCUCAAAGAUGGCGUCAGACGUCACGGGCUGGGGAAGUGGUCUCGCAUCCUACAGGACUAUGACUUUGAAGGACGCACUGGUGUCAUGCUCAAAGACCGCUGGAGGAUUCUCAUGAAGGCACAUAAAGUCAGCUGAAGAGGCAUAGUGUCACUCUGAGUUGUACAUAUACCAUAUGUAGGAGCUUAAUUGUAGUUUUACCAUUAUGUUAUUAUUAUUAUUAUAUUAAUUGUGCUUGCUUUGUUGCUGCUUUUUGUACCAAGAUAGUUUGCCACUAGAGGGCGCAUAAGGCAGCUUUAUUCAUUUGGUUUGCGCUCAUUGUCUUCUAAGAGGGAAUGAUUGUUUUAUUUGUACAUUUGACAAAUGAAUUGUAUUUCCUUAUUAAGUGCAUACUAGACACUUAAAUAUUAGUAUACAGUAUUUUAUUUUUUUUUACUGAAAACUGUUGAACUACUACAAAAUUAUUUGUUUUUAAUAAAAAGUUGAUUUGUGUUUAAUGUGGACAUGAACUAACCACAGGACUCAGUUUAAAUACACAAGCAAAAAACAUGUUAGAAAAUUGUCCUAGAGUACAGUAUAUCUGUUAGAAUUUCGACAUACAACAGAAAAGGACUGAUCUGGUGGAAAAAUGCAUUUAUUUAGAAUCACAUGGUGCUUUUUCAUUCAUUUACAUUGCAGAAAAUAGUAUAAAUUCAGAUAUUUGAAAAUAUUUUUCAAUGUCAGUUUUGUGAAUAAAUUUUUACAUGGUCAAAAUACAUAAUUAUAAUUAAAAGGUUCUAUUUUCUCAGUUUUUUUGUGCACAAACUUGGAAUAAAGUUGGAAUUUUUUUUUUUUUUUUCAGACACAUUCCUCCUUUUAUUUCUCUUAAUAUGCAUCAGUAAUGCAUAAGUGAUAAUUUACUUGCAAAUCUUUUCCAGUGUGGACUGAUAUGGAUGUAACCUCUGCAUCAGAUGUUAUCCUAUGUACAUUAUUUACAUUUAUAAAUAGAUGUUUACACAACUGGUUCCGAAGUUAAAUACAAAUGUAAAAUCAACAGUUAAGCUUUAUAGCUGAAAAUUCACGAAUAAGAAUGCUUGUGCAAGUAUUUAUUUUGUCUUGGAUCAUGACAGUGAUGAAAUAGAUUAAACCUCUCAUAAAUCAUAAAUGAUGUACCAAUAUAUGGCCCACAUUCACAUCCAUAACGAAGACUUUAUUUCCUAGCCAUAGUUUACCUUGAAAAAAUAUAUUUUUUAUCCAACUUACUAUCUAUUCAGGUGAAUGUUUUUUGUACAUUUUCUCUGCAACAUAAAAUGAUUAUAAGUCACAAACUUUUGUAAGUUUUUGUUUUUCACUUAAAUUACAAUUGAGAAAUACAUUCACAAAUUGAAUACAAAAGUGAAUUACAUUUUAUUUUUUAGUAUGAAAAUACUGAUUAGCUUAAAAACAGUUUGUGCUGUGUCAAUAUUCCAUAAGAUGUAAUAAUAGGUCACAAAGUAAUUUUAAUAGUUUCCAUUAUGUUAAGUUACAUUUUAGAAAUGCAUUUACAAGGUGAAUACAACAGUGACUCUUAAAUGAAAAUUACACAAGUCAAGUGCAAUGUUUGUAUAAUGUACAUCAGAAAGCAUUGUUGAAAAAGUAUCUUGACUCAAAACAGGUCAAAUAUGUAUACAGCUCU